CCAGCUGAGCUGUUGUACAGUUAGAGGCUGAAUCCCGAAUCCCUUCUUCCUCCCUUCGAAGUGCACUACAUUAGGGAGAGAUAGAGUGGUGUAGUCACCCUGUGUAGUUCACUACCUAGUGAAAGAGGAGAGAUUUGGGAUUGGGUCUCAGUAACCCUGGUGGAGCUGCUAACCCGUAAACACAGGCUCCUUUUGUAGAACCUUUAUGACCUUCUAAUGGAGUCAGCAGAGGUCCAACCAUGUUCCUGCAGAGAAGCUCCACAUACUCCUGCUGCUGCUGUCUCACAGGCUUGUAGUGAUGCACAGCCUGAAACCUCUGCAGAUACAGAUGGAGGAACAUCAUGCUCUAUGUGUCUCACCAACCAUGUGGACCAACAUAAACAAAUAAAGAAGGAAGAACCUGAGGAUGAAGGCUACAUCUAUGGUGAAAUUUCAGGUGAAGCAACACCAGACCCUGUGGGACACAUCACCCCUGUGGAAGAACAAAAUUAUGUCAAAAAGGAAGAACCUGAAAAUGAAGAUUAUCUCUGUGGAGAAACAUCAGGCUCUGUGGACACCGAAGACCAACUGAGAGAAUUUCAUAUCAAGCUUGUAAAAAAAGAAGAGUCUGAAGAUGAAGACUUUCCCUGUACAAAAACAGAGUGGGAAAAAGACGAUGUCCAGCUACCAGUCUUUUCCUGCGUCUGGUGUUCACUUUCUUAUACAUCUCAACAGUGCCUCCACAAGCACAUCACAAGCUGCCACUCCAAGGAAUAUGAGAGACUGAUAAAUUCAGGAGAGACGAUGUAUCAGAAUGUUGUGCCAUCAAGAAGCCCCAAUAUUGAGCACGAUGUCUACCAGUGCUCACAUUGUGAGAAGAGUUUUAAUGACCAGAAAAGUCUCAGAAGACACCAGCGCAUUCACACAGGAGAGAAACGCCAUCACUGCUCAGAGUGUGGGAUGAGAUUUAAGCAAAAAAGUCACCUCCAGACUCACCUGCGCAUUCACUCAGGAGAGAAGUUAUAUAACUGUUCAGACUGUGGGAAGAGUUUUACCCGUUCCAAUACUCUUAAACACCACCGAUGCAUUCACACAGAAAAGAAGUCAUAUCACUGUUCAGAGUGUGGAAGAAAUUUUGGCCAUCCCAGUAAUCUGAAACAACACCAACGCGUUCACACAGAAAAGAAGCUCCUUCACUGCUCAUAUUGUGGAAAAAGUUUUAAACAACCAAGUCACCUCCAGACUCACCAGCGAGUUCACACAGGAGAGAGGCCGUAUCAAUGCUUACAGUGUGAGAAGAGAUUUAUUCGACAGAGUGCUUUAAAAGCACAUCAGUUUAUUCACACCGGAGAAAAGCCGCAUGAGUGCUCACAGUGUGGAAUGACUUUUGUCCGUCACAGGAGUCUCAAACGACACCAACGCGUUCACACAGGAAACAGGCCCUAUCACUGUUCAGAGUGUGGAAAGAGUUUUAUUCAACGAGGCGAUCUCCAUACUCACCAGCGCAUUCAUACAGGAGAGAGACCAUAUCAAUGCUCACAGUGUGGGAAAUGUUUCGUCCAACAUAGUAAUCUCCAGCGACACUUCCUUGUGCACACAGAAGAGAAACCUCAUCACUGCUCAGAGUGUGGGAAGAGAUUCAAGCAUCAGAAUAACCUCCAUGCCCACCAACGCAUUCACACAGGAGAGAAGCCAUACCACUGUUUAGAGUGUUCAAAGAGUUUUAUUAAAAAUGAGCUCCAGACUCACCAAUGCAUUCACACAGAAGAGAAGCCAUAUCACAGCUCAGAGUGUGGCAAACAUUUUGGCCAACUCACCAGUCUCAAACAGCACCAAGAAGUUAAAUCAGGAGAGAAGCCGUAUCAGUGCUCACAGUGUGGGAAGAGUUUUAAUUGCCAGAGAAAUUUAAAAGUGCACCAGGUUACUCACACUGGAGAAAAGCCUCAUCACUGCUCACAGUGUGGGAAGACCUUUGCCUAUUACGGUAGUCUCAACCGACACCUACGUGUUCACACAGGAGAGAAGCCCUAUCACUGUUCAGAAUGUGGGAAGAGUUUUAAUCAGAAAAGAGAUCUCCAGAUUCACCAACGCAUUCACACAGGAGAGAAACCGUAUCACUGCUUGCACUGUGAGAAAAGUUUUCCCCAAAGGCGUAAUCUUGAACAGCACCUAUGCAUUCGCACAGGAGAGAAUCAUAUUUUAGAUUGUGUGAAGAGUUUUAUUUAAUAAAUCUAUUGCAACUCACCAGGUCAUUCACACUUGGGAGGUAUUUGACCUUAGGAUCAUGCCAUUUGAAACUGUACAUUUUGCAGUUUAAAAUCUAAAACUUGUAAAAUGAAACAAAUGUAUAUAUUCACCUUUCGGACAUAUUAUGAUCACCUGGCUAAUAAUGUGUUGGUCUCCCUUUUGCUGCUCAAACAGUCCAGACCUGUUGAGUAUUAAUAGCAUCAACUUCUUCAGCAGUUUGAGCUACAGGAGCUCGUCUAUUGGAUUGAACCACACGGACCAGCCUUUGUGCCCCACGUGCAUCAAUGUGUCUCGGCCAUCCACGACGCCGGUUCACCAGUGUUCCUUCCUUGGAACACUUUUGAUAGAUACUGACCACUGCAGACCAGGAACAGCCCACAAGUGCUGCAGUUUUGUGGAUGCUCUGACCCAGUUGUCUAGCCAUCACAAUUUGGCCCGUGUCUAACUCCCUUAAAUCUCACAAAAGCACUAAUGCACUCCCAUGAUCCAAGAUCCAAGAUGCAGCUGUUUGAUCUGAGCACUGAUAACAAGCCAGAUGGUCCCUAUCCUCUUUAUUCCUGAUGACGUGGUGUCCAUUUUUUCCAAAAAGAAAUUAAAUCAUCUGGUGCAAAGAGCCUCGUAAUUUGGCUUGGCCAUACUGUGAUUUGCUUCUUCUCUGUGUUUCUGGGAGGCCAGUGUUCGACAGGUGCGGUUGUGGUGUCGUAUGUGUGUUUGCUGUGGAUAGGAGAUCAUUAGGAGACCUCAUCUUGGUUACAUCAUUCCACAUUUUUGCAUGUUUGACUCUGGUUUGGGAAAACACUAAAUUAUGAUAUGUGAAUUUUGGGAGUGACAUUCCAAAGUUUUUUACUCCAGUUUGGGAAAAUCACUCAUAUGCAGUGUUUCAAGUUCCAGAUCAGGAGAAAGUGCACACUGAUUACUGUUCCAUGCAAUGAUAUCUCAAUUUUACGUUGAAAAUGUGAAAAUAAUGUUUAAUGUUGCAAUGUUUUAACAUAAUAUUUUUGUUUUAUUUGGUUCCUUUUUUAUUCCUGUUACUUGUUGGCACACGGGCUGUAAACAGUUGCCUUAAUUUAAGUACUGCAUUAUAUUCCACUUGGUUUUUUUUAUUAUUCAGGAAGCACUUGCAACACAAUAAAUGUUUAUAAAUGUAA